AUGCAGGGAGCCAAUCUCUCAGCAGUGAGUGAGUUCAUCCUUAUCAGCUUCUCCACAUUCCCCCACCACCAGCUGGUGUUCUUCCUGCUGUUCCUCCUGAUGCACCUGUUCACUCUGCUGGGGAACCUGCUCAUCAUGGCCACCAUCUGGAGGGAGCGUAGCCUCCACACGCCCAUGCACCUCUUCCUGUGCACAAUCUCCAUCUCCGAGAUCCUCUACACCUUCACCAUCAUCCCACGAAUGCUGGCUGACCUGCUCUCCACCGUCCACUCCAUCACCUUCACAGCCUGUGCCAGCCAGAUGUUCUUCUCCUUCACUUUCGGGUUCACCCACUCCAUCCUGCUCACCGUCAUGGGCUACAACUGCCACGUGGCCAUCUGCCACCCUCUGCGCUAUAGUGUGCUCAUGAGUCCUGGUAGCUGUGCCUGCCUAGUGGCCUGGUCCUGGGCUGGUGGCUCAGUCAUGGGGAUGGUGGUGACAAUGGCUAUUUUCCACCUCAACUUCUGUGGACCCAAUGAGGUCCACCAUUUUGCUUGCCACGUGCCACCACUGUUGAAGUUGGCCUGUGGUGCUAAUGUACCAGGGGUGGCCAAGGGUGUGGGCCUGGUCUGCAUCACC